UAAACGCAAACCGGGUGAUACAUUUUGCGAUAUCGUCUUUUGUUGGCAUUUCAAAUGUGGUAGAAAGGGACUUUUCUGCCUGCGAGAAAAACCGUCGCUAACGGUGACCCCCGGCUAGGCCGGCGCCUUCGAGUAUAGAGUCCGUCUGCUUGUUUAACGACCUCAAAGGACUUUCUUCUGCUCAUGUGCGCGUCGCAUAAAGGGAUGGAUCAGUGCUUCUCAACCUCACCAUUCGGUUCUGUUCGUGUGUAGAAGUCUUUCAACUCUUUUUUUGUAUUCUGCCUCUGUGAACACAGCCUUGUUGUGUAUGUCGCCGAACGGCACGUGGUGUUGAGCACUCGACACUUGGGGCUAUAGCAGGCUCGUCGUCACUUGUUUCCAGUUCAUUUCAUUAUCAAUUUGUCUUCCGUACAUCGAAGCGGAGGGAGAGUCGCUGACAUCGAUAUCCGUGUUCCCAGCAUUGUGCAGAUUUAGAGUCCUGACCCCGCUUCUACCGGCAAACAGGAAACUCUUUCGAGAUUCACGCUGCCACAUCCAUUUGUCCGUGUCGCGAUCCUCGUUCCUUCGAUGCCCUCCUGACGAAACACGACAUGCACUACUGUCCCUGCUCCACAUAAAAAGGUUAGGACAGGACGUUUUCUGUGCCGUGUGGUCUUUUUCUGUAGGUAGCCAAGGCUUCACCGUUUUCUCUCCCUGUCUUCCAUUCUGGAAGGCGUUUUAGAAGGUUCCCGCCUUAACGGUUGUCUCCCUCAAGGCCCUUCCAUUUCGCUUUCAAACGACUCGGCAAAGCUUCCUCUCAGAAUGUAUUCCAGCAGACCGUAUCCUGGGGCUGCCAGUGCUCCUGGCGUCCCGCCAAUGUCGUCGCAGUAUGCUACCUCUCUUCCUCCGAACUCUUUCAUCUGCGCGGGUCCUCCACCCGAAGGUGCAACCCUUCUUGACCCUGUACUCGAGGAACGGAUUGUGGAGGUGAUAAAGGAGAGAGUGGAGAACCGGUUUAUUGAGGUCCCAGAGGUUCAUUACGUAGAAAAGGUCGUCGAAGUCCCUCACCCAGUCAUUGAAGAGAAAGUCGUUCAUGUUGUGAAACCAGUCAAACAGGAGAGGUUUAAGUAUGUCAAGAAGCCUGUCUAUCUGGACAAGGUCGUCGAGGUCCCACAGAUUCAAUAUGUGGACAAGUAUGUAGAUGUACCGCGGUACAACCACAGAGAGAAGAUCGUCGAGGUUCCAAAGGUGCUCGUUGUCGAGCGUAUCAUCCCAGUUCUGAAGACUGUGCGGAGGGAGACCGUCGUCUACGUGGACGAGGAUGGUAGCCAAACGCGCGUUCCGUCGCAGCCCUGUGCCUACGACGAACGUUAUCAGACUCACGUAUCGACUGCGUCGUCUCUAACGCCCUUUCCACCGACUCCGAUGUAACCGCACCGGCUUUUCAUGUAGCUACGAAUUUUGUUUUAGAAUCGGUGAGGUUACAGGGAAGAAGGAAUGACAGAAUCACACUUACCUCAUCCCGUCUUCAUCUGUGGUCGAUAUCGGAAACUUCACCCUUGGCUGGUGUCUCCGCCAGAGGGGGAAAACAAGGGGCGCACCUUUCGAGACUCAGACAAGACUGCUGAUUUAAGGCAUCUUGGCUUUUUCAUUCUCUUGCCCCCCGCUGCAAUCUGUGCCGCGCCGCCAUAAACUCUCUUGCACUACCUUGACUUCCUUUUUUUCCACGCGUCUUCGUCUGCCUCCCGGCAUGUUCUCGAGCCCAACCUUUGUCUGCCUCUGUAUUUUUAAACGGUGAUCCGUGGAGUGUGCGUUUUCACCCGCCUUCUUUCACCAGCCGUUUUGUCUGUGCUCCGGGAGUGUUUUCUUCCGUUGUCUUUCUUCCUCCUCCGUUCGCCACGUUUUUGGCGCCGGGAUUUCCGUUUUAUCUCCGAUGACCCUGAUAGCUUCGUCGGUCGUCCCUCCCAUGCGACGGUGUCUGUAUUUUCUGCACUUCAAGGUGCGUUUCGCCCCCCAAAUGUGCAGACACAUUGCGACGAUUUCUUGACUAAGAACCUCCGCCAAAAUGCUCUUUUUACUGACCUUGGUCUGAGUGCAAGGGCGUUUGCAAGGCCUCCCAACUUGCACAGGGUUCGCCCGCUGCAGUCGAUUCUAAGAAACUGGUGCCCGACAGGACAGAAUGGCUUCCAACAAAAAGGCUUCCAAAGAC